AUGUCGAACAGUGCGCUCCCAAGCAUACUUCCGCCCUAUCUCCCCGGAGAUCACGCACAAUGGACUACCAAUGGCAAUUACCUAUACGUCAUAAUACGAACGAACCGAAUUGAAGGUACUCAGGGGUUUGAGUACAUGGUUGGGCCUCCUCCAUUCUCGACUAGUGAAAUGGUGAUGAGCAGGGCUAGGGAGGAAGAUUUGAAGGUUUUUAUUAGGAACAAAUCAUCUUCGGGAGAUCAGGAGAUUUGA